CUUCGUCCUAAAAAAACAAAGUAUCGCAAGGCACAUAAAGGAUUUUUUAAAACAAGACUAGGAGGCUCUAUUAGAGGCACAACAGUUCGAUUAGGAGAAUAUGGACUUCAACUUUUUGAACCUGGCCGUCUCAAGGACAAGCAGCUCGACACUGUUCGCACCAUGGUGAAUCGAAUUCUCAAAUCUGAAAAGGGAUCUAAACUGAUUCUUCGUAUUUUCCCCCACAGACCUGUUACUGCCAAGGGUGCUGAAACUCGUAUGGGAAAGGGAAAAGGUGCUGUAGAGUAUUAUGCUACUUGGGUUUCUGAAGGUGUGGUCAUUAUGGAGAUUACUGGUGCGAGAAAGGAUGUCGCACUCAAGGCUUUGAAUGUUGCUGCUCAGGCUCUACCAUUGCGAACUCGGGUGGUU